UCAUUGGGAACGUCAGAAAUCGUAUAACAGCCAUCAAACAUGUCUUUAGUACAAAAUUUUCUGAUUCUGGCCUUGUUCGCCAUCAGUUGUCAAGCGAAAGUGGUGAACGUGAAAAAUUCAAAAUCCGUCGCUUUGACGGUGAGGGUGGGUGACGAAGAACAUGCCUUAGCAGCCAGAGGAAUGCUGUCUCUAACUCUGGACGAUGGAUGGUCAGGUGAAAUUUCCGCUGUUCCAGCUACAGCUGAAGUAACAGACAGCCCAAGGACCAGCGCUACCCUGAGCCUUAGCUCCACUAGCGACACCUACAGCAUUUCGUUGCUGAACGGCUUUAAUUUGGGCCUUAAGAUUGUUCCUACUGGAUCAAGUAACUGUAGCUCAGUAGUCUGCGCUGCCAACCUACUGAACGCAUGCCCCGUAGCCAACCGAGUGUCAAACUCCCUGGGCGAAGUAGUCGGCUGUCAACUGUCAACUGUCAUAAUGUCAACGAUGUGCCCCCUGGCGGUCGUCGACGACGCCACCGCCCUCACCAACGUGAAAUCCUGCUCUGACGCCCUCAGUUUAAUGGUUGUAAUCGUUUAAUAAUAAUUUCAAUGGCAAUUUAAACAAAUUUUAAUAAAGGUUAUCAUUAAAAAAAAAAAAA